ACAAAUAUGGCGGCGUAGCUACUGUCAGCUCAAUAUCACCCUUGUUAUUGCAAGUGUUAUUUUCUGACAAGCGUUCUUUUUUACCAAUUUUAAAGUCGAGUCCUGGUUAGCGAUGUGGUUACCUCUGCAUGCCGUGCGUCAAAGGGGCCAGAUAGUGUGCAGAAGAGGUUGCAUGACGGCUUUUCUGAGGACGCAGGGGCGCAGAGACUUCAGUCGUUCCACCGGGCGCUGCGCUCAGACAUGUCAGGCGCUUUCUUACGGAAACCACGGAGACCCGCUACAAGUCGUUCAGUUGAAGGAUGUAGAUCUGCCUCCCAUCGGUGAAAAGGAUGUCUUGGUUAAAUUUCUUGCGGCCCCGAUCAACCCUUCGGACAUAAACAUGAUUCAGGGAACUUAUGCUAUCCUGCCUGAUCUGCCAGCUGUUGGUGGCAACGAGGGUGUGGCCCAGGUCAUAGAGGUGGGCAGCCAAGUGAAGUCUCUCAAAACAGGAGAUUGGGUCAUACCCAGAGAUGCUGGUCUAGGAACAUGGAGGACAGAAGCAGUGCUAGCUGAGACUGACGUCAUCUCAUUGCCCAAUGAUAUUCCCCUGCUGUCUGCUGCCACACUGGGAGUGAAUCCGUGCACCGCCUUCAGGAUGCUCUCUGACUUUGAAGACCUUAAGCCAGGGGAUACUGUGAUCCAGAAUGCAGCCAACAGUGGAGUUGGGCAGGCUGUCAUACAGAUAGCUGCUGCAAGAGGAAUUAACACUAUAAAUGUUGUCCGAGACAGGCCAGACUUUGCACAGCUCAGUGAAAGGCUGAAAGCCCUGGGAACCAGUUAUGUACUUAAAGAGGAAGCCUUGAGGCGGCCUGAGAUUAAGGAACUGUUCAAGGCAUGUUCAAAACCUAAACUGGCCUUAAAUGGAGUUGGAGGCAAGAGUGCGACAGAACUGCUACGUCAUUUACAGGCUGGAGGAUCUAUGGUGACUUAUGGAGGCAUGUCCAGACAGCCAGUUACUAUUCCUGUGAGUGCUCUUAUUUUCAAGGAUGUGAAGAUCAGGGGGUUUUGGGUCACACGGUGGAAGCAGAAACACUCUGACGACGGGAGGACAUUUAGAACCAUGCUGGAUGAACUUUGCUCCCUUAUCCGGCAGGGAAAGUUGACAGCGCCCGCCUGUACUGAAGUGGGUCUCCAAGACUAUCACAAAGCUCUGGAUGCAGCCAUGCAGCCUUUCAUUUCUAGUAAACAGGUUCUAAUUAUGGGAACCUCCUGAUUUUAACAGCUAAGUGUCAUUCUGUACAAGCAGCAAUAAAGGAACUGAAGUGAAACCUGAGGUCUAACACAUUAUUAGUAAUGUUCAAGUGACAUAAACUGCAUACCCAAUAAAUGCUUGAUU